UAUUUUUGGUGCACAAGCACCGGUUGCCAAUAUAAAAUUAUAAUUAAUUUUACCCGAACCAAACAAGCAAAUCGACGUGAAUCGAACACCCCAACGGGCUAAUAAUAAUCGCCAGAGAGUGCGAGUGAGGAAAGGAAAACACGACGGAAAAGCGAGGAAACGCGGCGGGAAAAUGGACCUGCUCGACACGAUACUCAAUGCCAUGGAUGCCCCGCCUGCCAACAACGAGCAGCAGAAGACGAUGAUCAAGAAACAACGCGAAAUGAUGGAGCGGAUGCAGAACAAACAGAAGGAGGAGCUCCUCCGUUUCCGGAAGUAUGUAGACGAACGGAUGGGAAGAUUCGCCAAGGACGACAGACAAAGCAUCGAGUUCCAGCCGCUGGACAAGGUGCAUCGCUCAGUGAUACACGAGAUAGCCGAAAAUGGCGGUUUCAUUGCCAUGAGCUUCGGCCGCGAGGAUGUGGACCGGCAUUCUGUUGUGUACAAAAAGGAGCAUGCUCCCGGUGAGGAUGAGGUCACGGCCAGACGAAAUGGCGAUGGCUGGAAUGCGGAGAUAGCCAAGGAGUAUGCCGAGCGACGGCGGGAGCGAUUGGCGCAGGAGCAAAGUGACAAGGAGGCCUCAAUUUCCGAGGCGGCGAACUGCACAUCCUCAUCCACUUCCGGCGAUCAUGACUCCAGCGAAGUUAAGCCCACAACCAACUACAAGGCCAAGUACGCCCACCUCAUCGGAGAGUCGGCCGCAUUGCAGGCGGCCCGUAAGACGGAGACCAACCAAAGCUACGGAUUCGUACCCAGUAAGAACAAGAAGGACAUGCGUUCCAUCGAACAAACGCUAGCCGACAUCCAGGCUAAGAAGCGUCUGCGACUGGCGCAGCAGCAGGAACUGGAGCAGGAGCAGCAGGCGCUGGAGGCAACCACAUCCACAGGGGACCCAUGAGUUUCCUGGGACACACUUAGUAUACAGAUAGCUCACUCAACGCAAGACUGUCGUAACCCAAAAAAUAUGAUUAUACUCUGUAAGGGCUCCUUAAACCUGUAACUAUAAAAAGAGAAUCAGCCAUUUUUGUCUUGUUCCCAACUCCUAAUCGAUUAUAGUUGAAGAAACAUAACACGAUCAAAUUUUAUUUAAUCAAAUUAGAUUACUGGCAAUUGUUUUCAUCCAAAUAUUUUUUUUAAAGAUCCACUUACAUGAAUUAUAUGUUCAAAAGGGAAAAAGGCAUGGUAAUCAUCUCUCUUUUUAUGGUUCCAACUCAAUACUUUUCCCCAAAAUGCCUUAUUUUUCGCGUUAUGACAGCUUGUAUCGAGUGAGAUUAGUUUUGUUGAUUCAGAUUAGUCACAUGCAAGGUCAUCGACUGCCAUGUAAAUCAUAAGUAAUAAGCAAUUUAAUUUGUUGGCCAAUUAGGAUGCGAGAGUUAGAAGUGUUUAGACCAAGUUAUGUAUCCGCAACGGCGUCCGAAUCGCAAUAUCUAUUUAUAUAAUAAAAAUAUAGAAAAACCGACAGAUUCAAAUUAAUCUUGGAAAGGGGGCGCCACCCGAAAGACACCAAAAAAUACCGAAUAAAUCGAAGUUGGUAUUUUAUUUUUAUUAAUUUCACGAGCACAAGAGAAGUCGCACUGCGACAGUCACAGUUUAAAACACCAGAUAGGAACCACACCACGUGUUGCGAAUCAAUAGAAACAUAAAUUAAAAUAAAGAUGAUUUUAAAAAGAAGACAUCGAGAAAUGUAUACCAAUUCCAUUGGCAAAUAUCUCUUUAACAGCUGAAAGUUGAAAAUUUUCCUGAAAGAUGUACGAAUCUGGAAAUAAACAAGUUUUUAUUGGGCAGCGUGGUACCAUCGCCCAAAGAGUCUCAUUUCGAGACCUCUCAGGACACAUUAUGAAUCGUUUUAAUGAUGGAAUUGCGGUUGCCUGAUACAAGAAGUACCAGAAGUAUCUUAUAAGGAACCUGAAUAUAUUUGUUGGAAUAAGUCCAAAAGACCGAUUUUUUAAGGACUUUGUUAGUUCAUUGGAAUUUCGUAUAAAUCCACCGAUUGAACCCAGGCUUUAUGGAUUUCCCUUAAACAAGUUUUCGAAGGAUUUAUAAAAAUAAAACUUAAUUUUUAAUUGAGUUUUGUGGAUGGUAACCAAAAAAAGGAUUCUUUGAUGAUAUUAUUUAAAACAAAACUAUAUGUUGUUAAUUAAACGUUUAUAAAUAAAAAUAAAUUUAUUUUACUAAAGGCUA